GAUGUUCUUUCAAUAUUUCUCAGGUCCUGUGUGUUCUUUAUGUUUCCAGUUGAAUGGGAUAUUAUAUUAAAGCUUUGAGGCACACACAAGACCCAUAAACAAGCUUAAUUCACGUGGCAAUGCAUGGAAACACGUAGACCAGAAGGGUUACCGUGGGCAUCAGUGGUCUUGUGACGGGGGCGUGUAGGGCGGCGAGCACCUGUCACCUGCAGCACCACAGGGGAAGGUUGCGCUUUGAGGUUUGAAAUGGAUCUCUUAGCGGAGAACAAUGUGUGCGGGCAGGCGGUGUUGCGGCUGGUGGCCCGGGGAAACUCCAUCAUAGCAGAGCUGAUGAGGCUCGCUGAUUAUGUCCCACAGGUAUUCAGAUUGGAAACAAGAGCAGAGCAACAGAAAUAUGGAGAUAUCAUCUUAGACUUCACAUACUUCAAGGCUGCAGAGGGCUUCAACAAGAAAAUAGAAAAUUCAUCAGUUCUGAUGGACAUUGAUGAUGAAAUCCGUGAAAGCCACAGAAGUAUUCUCAGCAGGAUUUAUUCAGCUUUUGAGAGCAUCCACCGAUAUGUUUCGGAUCUAAAUGGAUUCUUGCAAGAUCUCAAUGAGGGAAUAUUCAUCCAACGAACUCUGGAAAACAUGUUUUUAAAUGCUGAUGGAAAGCAACUUAUGUGCGAAGCAUUGUAUCUAUAUGGUGUGAUGCUGCUGGUGGUGGACUACCUCUUCCCUGGCCUGGUGAGGGAGAGGAUCAUUGUAGCGCACCACAGAUAUGCUGGACAGAAGGCAUCAAGUGAUACCAACAUUGAUGAUGUCUGUAAACUUCUCAGAUCAACGGGGUAUUCCACCCUCCCAGGCACUAAAAGGCCCCUGAACUAUCCUGAGGACUAUUUCAAGAGAGUUGAGAUCCCAGAUAAUUAUGUCAGCCUUGCACUGGGCUACUUAAGAUCGGAUGACAUCUAUCACCAGGUGCAAGCGUACCCUUCUCCAGAGCACCGGUCCGCUGCGCUGGCCAAUCAGGCGGCAAUGCUCUAUGUGUGUCUCUACUUCACGCCCAACAUCCUCAACUCACAAACCGCUAAAAUGAGGGAAAUUGUGGACAAGUUUUUCCCCGACAACUGGGUUGUCAGUUACUACAUGGGGCUGACAACUAACCUCAUAGAAGCUUGGGAACCUUAUAAGGCUGCCAAGCAGGCCCUCAACAAUACACUAGAGGUCACCAACAUCAGAGACCAAGCCACAAGAAUGAAUGCCAAGCUCACCAAGUUGUUGAAGCAGACGGAGCAGCUGCGUGCUGACGGGGCGCUCUCCCAGGGCCGCGUCCUGGACCACAGCAACAAGAUUCUCAACCUCCUGCGGGAGUGUAAUGUGGUGCUGCGCUGGGUCAUGCUGCACGCUGCCUCCCUCAGCAAGAUGGGAGCUGACAGCAACAGGAGGUGUAAGGCUGUGCGAGACCAGGUGGUGGCUGACCUGCAGUACACGCCCAUGACUUUGUUUCAACUGCUCCUCAACACCUCCUCCUUGGAACACGACCUCACCCAGAUAUACAAAAGGCUAAUUUCGGAGAAGGAGGAAAAUUGGAACAAAUAUCGUACGUUGGCAAACCAGCAGGCCCUAGAAUUAUCGGAGGUGUUCUCUGGCAACCGGCCACUGGCUCGGGUGGAGAAGAAUGACCGCCUCAACAAGUGGUUCAAAGACAUUGGGGAAGAGAUCACGAGCCUGAACCUUGAUGAGCCGGGACCAUCGGGCCGGAAGAUCAUCCAGCUGAUACAAGCGCUGAAGGAAGUGAAGGAGUUUCACGGCCUUGAGUCAAGUGCUGGUGUGGUACAGGCCAUCGGGGAGAUGGUGACGGCCCUCCAGUCACUGGUGAGGGUGGCAGGAGUCAACGAGGAUGAGCUGGUCACUCUCUCCCUCAUAUCGGACCUCUCCUACGCCUGGGUCCUGGUGGAUGACUACACUCCCAUCAUGCAGGCUGCGGUGAAGAAGGACCCGUCACACGUGGCCCGGCUUCGUGCCACCUUUCUGAAGCUCUCGUCAGGUCUAGAUUUGCCUCUGCUGCGGAUUAAUCAGGCUCGGAGUCCAGACCUGAUCUCUGUCUCUGCCUACUACUCUGGGGAGCUUGUAUCCUACGUUAGAAAAGUCCUGCAGAUCAUUCCUGAGACCAUGUUUAGUCUGCUGGCCAAGCUCAUCAAGUUGCAGACAGAAAAGAUCAAAGAGGUACCGACAAGACUUGACAAGGACAAGAUGAGGGACUUUGCUCAGCUCUCAGAAAGAUACCAGAUGGCGGAGCUGAGUCACCGGGUGGCCGUGCUGGCCGAGGGUGUGGCCAUGAUGGAGACCACACUGGUGGGGGUGAUCCAGGUGGACCCCCGGCGGCUGCUGGAGGAUGGGGUACGGCGGGAACUGACCCUGCUGGUAGCCAAGAUACUGCACGAGGGACUGACCUUCAACACUAAGGUUAAGGGAAGCGAACUUUACUGUCGACUCACUCUGGUGGGCCAGCAGAUGAAUGGCUUCUGCACAUCCUUUGAGUACAUUCAGGAUUACAUCAGUAUGUAUGGUCUGAAGAUCUGGCAGGAGGAAAUGUCUCGCAUCAUCAACUACAAUGUGGAACAGGAAUGCAAUCAGCUGGUGAAGAAGAAAAUAUCUGACCAUGAGAGCAUCUACCAGAGUGUGGCAAUCCCCAUCCCUAAGUUCCCUCCCUCAGACCCUCACUCGGUUAACUUCAUCGGCCGUCUGGUGAGAGAAAUCCUGAGAAUAACCGACCCCAAGACUACAGUGUAUGUGGCUCAGCUGCGGACGUGGUAUGACAGCCGCAGCCACACCGAGGUGCUCUCCAGCACCGUCAUGAACAAAGUGGAGUCCAGCAUCAGCACCUCAGGACUCACAGGGGUAGACAAGCUCCUGGCCUUCCUCAUUGUCACAGAACUGCAGACGUUGGUGCGAGAGGUUGAGACAGCCUGGAAGAAGGAUGCAACACUGAAGGAAGCCCUGAAAGCAAUGGUACCACAGUUGGGGCAAAACUCUCCUGUUGUAGCUCAGCCAGUGCGGCAGUACACUGGAUGGGCCCAGCGCACUACCAGGCUGUGUACCUUGAUGGCUGACCACCUCAUGAAGGUGGGACAAAUGCAGAUUCUCAGACUCCACGCUGCCAGCCGCCUCAAUUCCUCCUGCAAGUUUGAUGCCAAAUACCUUGCAGCUGCACUCAGCACCAUGAAUGAGUCCCUAAUGGCAGAUGUGAAAAAUCAUUAUAAAGACCCAACGAGGCCAUAUCCUGACGAGGACGGUGCCCUGACCAGUGAGCUUUGUGUCUUCCUGGAGUGGUGCGGCAUGACGCAGCCGCUGGACAGGAUAUACAUCACCACACAAGCCCUUCCCCCUGUUGCCCUGCUGCUCCUCCUCACAGUUGUGUCACAGUUUCCUAAGAUACAUUUCUCCAAGCAAGUGGGUGGCCUUGCAAGCAUCAGGGGCAAUGAGGGUGUGGAUGGGGAGCCCUUUGUGGUGGGCCUGGUGACGGUGCUGCGGCAGUACCACCAGGACCACACCCUGCGGUUUCUGCAGCUGCUGGCUCAGUGUGUCACCUCAUAUGCUGCUCAUGCUGCUGCCAACAAUGCCAACAAGGGGGCAGACUUGCCACAAGAGACAGUGACUGGCAUGGCAGUUCUUGAGGAAGUUGCCAAAAAGAUGUCAAUACCAAAGAAGACUCUGUCGCUCUAUGUGCCAAAGCAUCUCCUGGCUGUGCAUAACGGAUAGACUCUCUGAUUUACCAUGGUAGUUUAUGGUGUUAAUUUCUAGUUUUAUGUUAUAAAUAUUUUACAAAAUUUGUACAUUAUUUAUACCUGUACAUAUUACUUUAUAGUGAGCAGUGCAGAUGUUUUGUAUAUAACAUGUAAAGAUGGAGAGGCAACAGUGUGUUUUGUUAUGCAUGAGUGUUGUGGUGCUGCAAGUUAUGUGAAUCAACAUCAUGACCUCAGAUAGCAGUAGAGAUAUAACCUACAACUUCUGCUCAGACCGGGGAUGUAAAUUUUAGUAGUUGUGUAUUAUACAAGUGUGGCCAUCAUCAUUGAGUAGCAUGUGUGAUCUUCGAUACUUUUUUUUUUAAUUAUGAAGCUUCAAAACUUUGAAUUUCUGGGGUACUUGAUCAGAAUGAUGGCAAAAAAUGUGUGCAGUUUGAUUUGUCAUAAUUGAAAUGAAUAUCAUUAGAAAAUAUAUUGGAGUUCAAACACUAUGAAAGUAACUCAUAGUACAUGAACUUGCUGAUGCCUGGGCAUUAUAUUUUUAGGGGAGGAACUGUAACAAAGACAACUUCCAUACUAUUCAAGAUGUGCCUUCCCCUGAAACACAAAUACUCUAAUGAACUUGUUGGGACCAAAUCAAAUUUUUUAUCAUCAUUACAAGUGAAUGUCCUGUGAUUUUUUGCACCAUUUACUUGAUAUUUUGUGAUUUAUUUUCAGAUGGAUUUUUUUUUAACUUUGUAUCAAUAAUAAUGUUCAUUUCUUAGACGGAUCAAUAGAAUUUACUGUAAAAGUAUCUACUUAAGUCUUGUAUAAUAAUGAUGAAUACUUUGGAAGAUUAAGUGUUCCCAAAUCCCUCAUGUAUUAAGCGUGGUUCACAUGAGCAAAGUUUCCUUAUGUUUCGGCACAGAGUUGCGCUGAAACGGAGUUCUGGCACCCUUGUUGUAAUCAAGUUCCAUGUUCCCGUGGUUCUGUGAACAUUGUCAUUUUGCUCCUGUUUUGGGAAACUCUUGCGGCCUUCUCACAUCAAAAUUAGUCAUAUAUAAUGUCUGACGAGUUGAUGUGGCCUAAAGGUGUAGUAAAAUCCCUGUGCGAGUUGGCAGAAGAGCAUAGAUGCCUCUGGGACCCGAGAGGCUGAUUACCCCAAACACAAGCUUCCUGCAGAUUCAGCCGUGGACCUUGCACGCCAUCAACACCACCCAGCUGAUUUGUCAAAUUUUCUUAUUGCUUUUUAAUAGCAAUAAGAGAAAAUGGGACAAAUUGCAUGGAUUACCAUGGUAACAAAAUAAAAAUAAAAGAAAGUGUACGAGUACAGGAAAGCAUGGUA